GGCUCACGUUUUCCAGAGCAGAGAGCGUCCCGCGCCCCUGGAGGCUCGAUCACCAUGUCCAGAAACAUCCUCCCCUCCGAUUUGUUGCGACCCCAACCUAAUGAAAAAGCGGAAGACUCCAGUGAUUUGCAAGAGUCAGGAGAGUCUUCAGGGACUUCCAGCAUUGGGAGUUUCAGCCUCCAGAAAAGGCUGAACUUCGUGGGUCCCAAAGAGCCGUCUGUACAGUCUAAAGUCCUGUCCUUUGUACACAAUACAAAAGCCCAAGACCGGACUCGAAAACGCCAGCAGCCGAUAAAGCUGGAACCUCUGCCUGUGCUGAAAGUCUACCAGGAUCACAUGCAGCCAGAAUACAUAUAUGCACAGAACCGAGCAAAAUUAUUAAGUUCUGGAUUGCUCCAACUUGCACCAAAACUUUUGGAGAGAAUACCGUCCAGGGAAUUAUUUGCCCCAGGGAUUUCAUCAGAAGUGAAAAAAAAGCAGGUAAGACUUUUGCCUGUCGAUGGAAUCUCUCCUUCUCCUCCUAAACAACAGCGGAUCACUAGCGGGAGAACGAUAUUCCAAAAACAAAUUUCUGCGACUUACCCUUCGUUAAUUUUCCAAGACCGAGAAGACGUCAUUAAAGCGAACAUUAAAGACCCUUUGCAAAUUAUCAAAAUAAUAUGUGAGAAUAAACACCUUGGGUUCCUGUAUAUGAUCCCAGCAGUAUCAACUUCAUCCAUUGAAUAUGAUCCCUAUAAUUUGAGAGUUGUAAGUUACGAAAAUGUCAAUAAAAAUGAUUACUACACGAUUAGCAAAAGAGCGGUAACUCACACGUGUGAUGGAGAAGUGGAAUUUAUUGAGCUUGCACGGUGGGAGCAGGAAUAUCUGUAUCACCGAGAGCUCACCAAGAUCCCCGUCUUUUCACGUUUCCGCAAAUGGAAGGCAUUUACCGUAUGGAGAAAGAAUGUCCGCUCCAAGAAAAUUAACCUAUGCCGAAAGGCUCUGCAAGAAAAUCUGUUCAUUGUUAAUAAUUACUUGCGACCUGCUGUUCUCAGGAUAAAAAAUAUGUGUUAUGAGCUAAGCUUUAUGGUUCUUUGCUUUAUUGAAAAAGGACACACGUAUACCUUGUUAGAAUUUAAGGCUGCUCAGCUCAAACAGUUAGGGGAGGUGACAGAUCGCCUUUCAAAUUUCAGAAAUGUGGCAAAAGAUGUAGUUAGGAAUGCUUGCCGAAGUGCUUUGCGGGCCUCCGGAUUCAUUCCCGAUGACUGCCUUUUGGAUGCAUUCUGGAGAGAUGAUACAAUAAGAACAAGUCCUCCAAAUGUGGUUGACAUGGGACCCGAACAUGAUAUUUAUGGAGAAACUGAGAAAAUGACUUACACAGAACAGGCCAGCAAAAGGCAUCAUUGCACACGCCUGACGUGCUUUAUCCGCCUCAUUGACUAUCUAAUUGUGAAUACAUUGCAUGUGCUGACAGUCAACUCCGUUAACACUCUUUUGAACUAUCUUAUGGAAAAAUUAAAACAGACACCUCCAGUGGAAAUUAUCCAGAAGUGGACUGAUGAGAAGCCUGAAAUAGUUGAAAAAAAGGCUGGUGCAGCAACAGCAGAUAGGCAAGAAGAGGACGAAUCUUUGCAGCCCAUGUUUGUUACAGAACUCAUGCUGGAGAUCACGUCUUUGUAUUUUGACCCAUCUUUGGAAAAUUUUCAGGAAGGUAUUUCAGGUACGAUUCAUCGCUUUGAGUCCACUCUCCUCGCAGUCCCUAAUCUGGUGCCUGAUCCUUAUUUUGAUUCUUUCACCCGUCCUAUUGUUAACAAUAAACUUGAAGAAAAGACUUGUGGAGAGGGUCCAAGUUUAGCAACUGUGUUUGAUGAUGACAAAUACUUGCACUCCAUAAUUUUUAAAAUAAAGGAAGCCAUACAUGCGGCAUUUGAAACUGCCAACAUCUACGCAGCUACUUUUGAAAAGUUUCAGUUGUUUUAUAGGGAAAAUGAAAGUCUCGAUUUAGCCGCUCUGCAAAAAGAAGAACCUGGUGUUCACUUCUUUGCUGAACAACUAGAAAAAUAUCAUAGAGAACACAAGGAUGCCUUAAGUCUAAGGCCUACCAGAAAUACAGGAUUAUUGCUUAUUGACACAAAAAAAAUGAAACAGAAACUAAUUCCAUCACCAAUGCGUUGCUUGGAAGUCAUAAACAACAUGCUUCCUCUCCAAAGCAAGAAAAAAGUGGAUGCUAUUAUCUCUGAGGCCCAAGAUGCAAAGUACAAACUCGAGUUUGUCCCAACUGCAACUGUCGAAUAUGUCAAUAGCUUGAACUUCCUUGAUGAAAUACAGGACAGGAUUGAAAGUCUUGAAGAUGAAGCCGACACCGUUGCUAAAAUAUAUAAGCUCAUUGAACAGUAUCAAGUUCCUACACCCCCUGAAGAUUUUGCCGUGUUUGCCACCAUGAAGCCAUCGAUUGUCGCAGUCCGAAAUGCUAUCGAUAAGUCAGUGGGUGAAAGAGAUGCCAGCAUUAAAUUGUUCUGCCAACAUUUGGACAAAGAUGUCGAUGAGCUAAAUAAUGAAGUGAAUGGAGUAAAGCUCCAAGCCCAGGAUCCACAGAUUUUGGACGUUGCGGCCGACCAAACAAAAAUAAAAGUGCUUUUACGUGAAUUACAGCUGACUCUGGAUGACCUCCAGAAACGUGCUUUCCAGUACAAAUCCUACCAGAAAAAUUUUAAGGUAGAAGUGUCUAAAUUUGAGGCUCUUGAAGAAGUCAGUGCAGAGCUGAAAUUAAAGCAGCUGCUCUGGGAUUCUCUCUCUGAAUGGGACAUCCUCCAAGAAGACUGGUUACAGUGUAAAUUUGAAUUUCUGGAUCCAGAGACUCUAAAUUCUCAAGUUUCAAAGUACUCCAAAUUUGUGAAUCAGUUGGAAAAAGGUUUACCCCCUAAUAAUGUGGUGCCGCAGCUCAAGGCUAAGGUGGAGAUGAUGAAGGAAAAACUUCCAGUGAUCACAGACUUGAGGAACCCCUUUUUGAAGCCAAGACACUGGGCAGCUAUCGAGCAGAUAGUUGAUGUUACCCUUGUGGAUCCCGAAAAUCCAUUAACUCUGCAACGUCUCAUUACUAUAAAUGUUUUUGAAUUUGGUCAAGAGAUUCAGGAUAUUUCUGGGCAGGCCUCCGGAGAAGCCUCUUUAGAGACAAUUCUCAAAAAGGUGGAAGAUUCUUGGAAAACAACAGAAUUCAUUGUUUUGCCUCAUCGAGAUGCCAAAGACAUUUUUAUACUGGGUGGGACUGAUGACAUACAGGUCCUUCUAGAUGACAGUAUCAUUAAUGUGUCCACAAUUGCCUCUUCUCGAUACGUGGGUCCACUCAAAUCUCGAGUUGAUGAAUGGCAAAAGCAACUUGCAUUAUUUAAUCAAACACUGGAGGAGUGGAUGAACUGUCAGAGAAAUUGGCUUUACUUAGAGAGCAUUUUCAGCGCUCCUGACAUUCAGAGACAGCUGCCGGCAGAGGCCAAAAUGUUUUUACAGGUGGAUAAAUCAUGGAAAGAAAUCAUGAGAAAAGUUAAUCGUUUGCCCAAUGCUCUCCGUGCAGCUACUCAACCAGGACUUCUGGAAACUUUUCAAAAUAAUAAUGCACUGCUUGACCAAAUUCAGAAGUGUCUUGAGGCUUAUUUGGAAUCAAAGAGAGUUAUCUUUCCAAGGUUUUACUUCUUAUCCAAUGACGAACUUUUGGAAAUUUUGGCCCAGACCCGAAAUCCACAAGCGGUUCAGCCUCAUUUAAGGAAGUGUUUUGAUUCCAUCUCUAGGCUGGAAUUUGCCGUUUUGAUCUCUACUGAACCCAAACUGCCUGGUGUUGACACAGAACCAGAAAAGGUUUUUACAAAUGAUAUUUUAGCCAUGCUGUCACCAGAGGGAGAGCGGGUUGGCCUGGGGAAAGGCCUGAAGGCUCGAGGGAAUGUGGAAGAUUGGCUGGGCAAAGUGGAAGAAGCCAUGUUCACAUCCCUCAGGCGCCUAAGUAAAGCUGCCAUCGCUGACUACCAAAGCAAGAUCCGGAUCGAGUGGGUGGUGGCUGGCCAUCCUUCCCAAGUUGUGCUGACCAUUUCUCAAAUCAUGUGGUGCCGAGACUUGACUGAAUGCUUGGAAGGGGGAGAUCAAGACCACUUGCAAGCAUUGGAAGUGUUUGAAAGAACAAACUUUGAGAGAUUAAAUGCUUUGGCAGGCUUGGUCCGAGGUAAUCUUCCCAAAUUACACAGAAACAUCAUAACGGCCUUAAUUACUAUCGAUGUACAUGCAAGAGAUAUUGUCAGUGAACUCGUGGCAACCAAGGUGUCUACUUCUGACUGCUUUGAAUGGCAGAGGCAGCUACGUUAUUAUUGGGAUCUCGACCUAGAUAAUUGUGUGGCCAAAAUGGCCCUCUCUCAUUAUACCUAUGGCUAUGAGUACCUGGGGGCAUGCCCCAGGCUGGUCAUUACCCCCCUCACUGAUCGCUGCUACCUCUGUCUGAUGGGAGCCCUGCAGCUUGACCUGGGGGGAGCUCCAGCUGGACCUGCAGGCACAGGCAAAACAGAGACCACAAAGGAUCUCGCCAAAGCCCUUGCUAUUCAGUGCGUGGUGUUUAACUGUUCAGAUGGUUUGGACUAUAAGAUGAUGGGGAGAUUCUUCAGUGGUUUGGCUCAGUCGGGAGCCUGGUGCUGUUUUGAUGAAUUUAACCGGAUUGAUAUAGAGGUUCUGUCUGUAAUUGCCCAGCAGCUGAUUACAAUCAGAAAUGCCAAAGCCGCAAAGCUCUUCAGAUUUAUGUUUGAGGGACGUGAAAUAAAGUUGGUUAUGACCUGUGCAGCAUUUAUCACCAUGAAUCCUGGCUAUGCCGGACGAACUGAAUUACCUGAUAAUCUGAAAGCUCUGUUUAGACCAAUUGCUAUGAUGGUUCCAAAUUACGCCUUGAUCGCAGAGGUGAUUUUAUAUUCAGAAGGGUUUGAAUCCAGCAAAAUCCUGGCAAGAAAAAUGACUCAAAUGUAUAAACUUUGCAGUGAACAGCUCUCUCAGCAGGAUCACUAUGACUUUGGCAUGAGAGCAGUGAAAUCUGUCUUGGUCAUGGCUGGGUCCCUCAAGAGAGAGAACCCAGAUCUAAAUGAAGAUGUUGUGUUGAUAAGAGCCUUGAGAGAUUCCAAUUUACCCAAAUUUCUUACAGAUGAUGCCCUUCUCUUCAGUGGAAUCAUUUCUGAUCUUUUCCCCGGAGUCCUCAUUCCUGAACAUGAUUAUGGUAUUCUGCAGUCGACAAUUAUAGAAGUCAUGACUGGACAAAAACUUCAGCCCGAACCCUGUAUGGUUCACAAAGUUAUACAGUUCUAUGAAACCAUGCUCGUAAGACAUGGCGUUAUGCUCGUUGGGCCAACGGGAGGUGGAAAGACCACGGUUUACCAAGUUCUCGCCGAAACGUUAGGGGUAUUGCAUAAGAUGGGAAUUGAGAAUUCCUUUUAUCAGCCAGUCAAGACAUAUGUUCUGAAUCCAAAGUCCAUUACAAUGGGUGAGCUGUAUGGGGAAGUGAAUAAUUUAACCUUGGAGUGGAAAGAUGGUUUGAUGGCACUAAGCGUCCGAGCAGCGGUGAAUGAUACUUCAGAAGAUCAUAAAUGGAUUAUCAGUGAUGGGCCAGUGGAUGCACUUUGGAUUGAAAAUAUGAACACCGUUUUGGAUGAUAAUAAGAUGCUUUGUUUGGCUAAUAGUGAAAGAAUUAAACUCACCCCUUACAUCCAUAUGAUAUUUGAGGUACAAGAUCUAAGGGUUGCCUCUCCCGCAACAGUCAGUCGCUGUGGGAUGGUAUACGUGGAUCCUGAAGAGCUAAAAUGGCUGCCAUAUGUCCUGACAUGGAAGACAACUUUUUCUGAUAAAAUGAAUGACGAAACAUGGGAAUAUUUAUUAAGUCUAUUUCAACGUUAUGUUGACCAUGGCUUAAAGUUUGUCACUAAAAAGUGCCAUCAAGCUAUCCCUCAAGUGGACAUCAGCAAAGUGACCACCCUCUGCUGUUUAUUGGAGUCCCUUCUAUUUGGGAAAGAUGGACCUGACUUAACUAUGGAACAAGGAAAAUUGAACAGUAUAAUAUGCCAGACCUUUGCAUUCUGCUAUUUGUGGGCUGUGGGUGGAAAUCUGACUGAAAUCUACUGGGAUGCUUUUGACACAUAUGUCAGACAGCAGUUUGAGGAUGCUCCAGAAGCCAAGCUCCCAGGCUCUGGUGAUUUGUGGAGUAUUCAUAUGGAUUAUGAUACCAAGCGCUUGGAUCCUUGGGAACGAAUCAUCCCUCCUUUCAAAUAUAAACGAGAUGUGCCAUUUUUUGAAAUGCUCGUUCCCACAACAGACACUGUACGCUAUGGUUAUCUAAUGGAAAAGCUGCUUGCUGUCAAACAUCCCGUUCUACUGACCGGAACCACUGGGGUUGGCAAGUCUGUUGUUGCCCGGGGAUUACUGAACAGAAUACAAGACCAGGCUGGGUACGUUCCUGUCUAUCUCAACUUCUCCGCGCAGACAUCAUCGGCAAGAACGCAAGAGAUUAUUGAAUCGAAACUAGAAAAGAAAAGAAAAAGCAUUCUAGGAGCACCAGGAAACAAAAGAGUCAUAAUCUUUGUGGAUGACUUGAACAUGCCCAAGUUGGACACCUACGGUUCUCAGCCUCCUAUCGAAUUGCUCCGACAGUUCCUGGAUUUUGGUGGAUUCUAUGACCGAGAUAAACUCUUUUGGAAAGAAAUACAGGAUGUAACAAUCGCAUCAGCAUGUGCACCUCCAGGAGGUGGUCGCAAUCCUGUAACCCCUCGUUUCAUUAGACACUUCAGCAUGUUGUGCCUCCCAACACCUUCUGAACAUAUUUUAAAGCACAUUUUCCAAGCAAUCUUGAAUGGUUUCUUAUAUGAGUUUGCUCCAGCCGUAAGGCAGUGUUCAACCAGUAUUGUAGAGGCUGCUGUUGAAAUUUAUAACAGGAUGAGCAUUGACCUCCUCCCAACACCUGCAAAAUCCCAUUAUGUGUUUAAUUUGCGAGAUUUAUCCAAAUGCGUACAAGGUAUUCUGCAAUGUGAUCCAACAGUAGUCAGGGAGGAGAUGCAGAUAUUUAGACUAUUCUGCCAUGAAUGUCAAAGAGUUUUCCAUGACCGCCUGAUCAACAAUGAAGAUAAGCAAUACUUCCACGCCAUGUUAGCAGAAAUGGCCAGUAAGCAUUUUGCCAUUCCAAUUGAUCAAGAAUAUUUUAUCAAUAAACCAGUCAUAUUUGGAGAUUUUAUAAAGAUUGGUGUUGAAAAAUCUGAUCGCCUCUAUGAAGACCUGGUGGACAUGAAUAAGAUAGCUUCCGUUUUACAGGAUUACCUUGACGAUUACAACAUAAUGACCUCUAAAGAAGUAAAGCUGGUAUUCUUCCAGGAUGCCAUCGAGCACGUGUCAAGGAUUGCCCGGAUGAUUCGCCAGGAAAGGGGGAACGCUCUGCUUGUCGGCGUAGGCGGAACAGGAAAACAGUCUCUGACCAGGCUCGCCUCUCACAUCUGUGGCUAUAAGUGCUUUCAGAUUGAGCUCAGUCGAGGCUAUAACUAUGAUAGUUUCCAUGAAGAUCUAAGGAAGCUCUAUAAGAUGGCCGGCGUGGAAGACAAAGACAUGGUUUUCCUUUUCACUGACACCCAGAUUGUUGUGGAAGAGUUCCUGGAAGACAUCAACAAUAUUCUGAAUUCAGGCGAAGUGCCGAACCUAUUUGAAAAAGAUGAGCUGGAGUACGUCAUGGCGGCCACGAGGCCAAAGGCGAAGGAAGUGGGAAUUGCAGAGGGCAACCGAGAUGAGGUGUUUCAGUUUUUUAUUAGUCGAGUUCGCCAGAAGCUGCAUAUUGUGCUGUGUAUGAGCCCCGUUGGGGAGGCUUUCCGCUCACGAUGUCGGAUGUUUCCAUCCCUUGUGAACUGUUGCACAAUCGACUGGUUUGUUCAGUGGCCCAGAGAAGCCCUUCUUUCUGUAUCAAGGACAUUUUUCCUACAUGUUGACCUUGGAAGCCAAGAAGUAAAGGAAAAGCUUUCAUUGAUGUGUGUCGAUAUUCACAUGAGUGUGACAAAUAUGGCUGAUCGAUACUACUCAGAACUGAGACGGCGAUAUUAUACCACACCUACUUCCUAUUUGGAAUUAAUUAACCUUUACCUCACAAUGUUGGGUGAAAAAAGGAACCAGUUGGUUUCAGCUCGAGAUCGAGUGAAAAAUGGUUUAACAAAGCUAUUAGAGACAAACGUGCUUGUCGACAAAAUGAAAUUAGAGCUUUCUGCUUUAGAGCCAGUUCUUAAAGAAAAAUCAGUGCAAGUCGAAGCUUUGGUGGAAAAAUUGACAGUGGACCAGGAACAAGCAGAUCAGGUCCGUUGCGUCGUUCAAGAAGAUGAAGCAAUAGCAAAGGUGAAAGCUGAAGAGACCCAAGCAAUAGCUGAUGAUGCUCAACGGGACCUUGAGGAAGCCCUCCCAGCCCUAGAUGCAGCCAACAGAGCACUUGACUCUCUAGAUAAAGCAGAUAUAUCUGAAAUCAGAGUUUUCACCAAGCCACCAGAUAUGGUCAUGACUGUCAUGGAAGCCAUUUCCAUUCUCUUAAAUGCCAAACCUGACUGGGCCACGGCAAAACAACUUCUUGGGGAUUCUAAUUUCCUCAGAAGACUUUUAGAAUAUGACAAGGAAAAUAUAAAACCAAUUGUAUUGGCAAAACUCCAAAAAUAUAUUAAUAAUCCUGAUUUCGUUCCUGAAAAAGUUGAGAAGGUGUCCAAAGCAUGUAAAUCUAUGUGUAUGUGGGUGAGAGCUAUGGAUUUGUAUUCCCGAGUCCUCAAGGAAGUUGAACCCAAAAGACAAAAACUCCAAGCUGCUCAGAACAGGGGCUGCAUCAUGCUGCCCAAGAGGACCAAGCCAGCCAAGGUCUACAAUUCAGCCCAUGACUCUCUCUUGCACUUUAGCCUGGCCAAAACCAUGGACCUCACUCAAGCGCGCCUCACCCGUGCUGGUAAGCUCACAGCUGCAUUGGGGGAUGAGCAAGUCCGAUGGGAAGAAAGCAUCCGGAACUUUGAAAGUGAGAUCGCCAACAUCACUGGGAACGUGUUCAUCGCUGCUGCGUGCGUGGCAUACUACGGUGCUUUCACAGCCCAUUACAGGCAGUUGCUGAUAGAUUGCUGGAUUGAACAGUGUGUCCUCCUUGAGAUCCCAAUAAGUGGUGACUUCAGCCUAAUAAACAUCCUAGGGGAUCCUUAUGAGAUACGGCAGUGGAAUACGGAUGGCUUACCACGUGAUCUGGUAUCAACUGAGAACGGUAUUCUGGUGACUCGAGGACGNCGAUGGCCUUUGAUGAUUGACCCCCAAGAUCAGGCAAAUCGUUGGAUAAGAAACAAAGAAUCUCCGAAUGGGCUAAAAAUAAUUAAGCUCACGGACAUUGGAUUUCUGCGUACGCUUGAAAACUCCAUUAGACUUGGGUUACCAGUCUUGCUAGAAGAGCUGAAGGAAACACUGGACCCUGCCCUGGAACCAGUUCUCUUGAAGCAGACUUUUAUAAGCGGUGGGAGGAUGCUCAUACGCCUUGGAGACUCCGACAUCGACUAUGACAAAAACUUUAAGUUCUACAUGACAACCAAGAUGCCCAAUCCCCACUAUCUCCCUGAGGUCUGCAUUAAAGUUACUAUCAUUAAUUUCACUGUGACCAGAUCUGGUCUGGAAGAUCAGUUACUAAGCGACGUCGUGAGGCUUGAAAAACCUGAUCUAGAAGAGCAAAGAACCCAGCUCAUCAUAAGGAUCAAUGCUGACAAAAACCAGCUGAAAGCCGUUGAGGACAAAAUCCUAAAAAUGCUGUUCACAUCCGAAGGAAACAUUCUGGACAACGAAGAGCUUAUCAACACUCUCCAGGAGUCCAAGGUCACUUCAGGGGCCAUUAAAACCAGACUGCAAGAGGCAGAGUCCACAGAAAAAAUGAUCAAUGCUGCUCGGGAGAAGUACCGGCCUGUGGCAACUCAGGGAUCUGUCAUGUAUUUCGUCAUCGCCAGCCUGUCAGAAAUAGACCCCAUGUAUCAGUACUCCUUAAAGUAUUUCAAGCAGUUAUUUAACACGACCAUCGAAACCUCGGAGCACAUCGACGACCUGCAGCAGCGCCUGGUGAUUCUCCUCGAUCAGACACUCUUGACAGCUUACGUCAACGUGUCCCGAGGACUGUUUGAGCAGCACAAACUCAUCUAUAGCUUCAUGCUCUGCGUCGAAAUCAUGCGCCAGAAGCAAGAAAUAACAGAAGAAGAAUGGAAUUUCUUCCUCCGUGGCGCGGCGGGCUUAGAUAAGGAGCGCCCUGUCAAACCUGAAAUCCCCUGGCUCUUAGAUGUUAUGUGGUUGGCCUGUUUUGACUUGGAAGACACCUUUCCAGCUUUUCAGGGAAUAUCAUCACAGAUAUUGCUCACUCCCAUUUCAAUCAGACUCGGAAAUUUAAAAACCCAUAUUAACCCCCAAUCCUGGGAUGGUUAUGUUGAAGAAACAGAAGGCCAAGAAUCAGCUGGUUCCAAAAACCAUUGGAAUACAAACUUGAGCAUGUUUCAGAAACUAAUUCUUAUUAAAAACCUUAAAGAAGAAAAGGCUGCUGACAUCAGAGAUGCUUCAAUUAAGGAGAGUUUUCGACUUUUCUUGAGUUCCAUGCCUAGUACCACAUUUCCUGUCACAGUCCUUCAGAAUUCUGUCAAGGUCACCAAUGAACCUCCAAAAGGUCUCCGUGCAAAUAUCAGACGAGCAUUCACUGAAAUGACACCUUCAUUUUUUGAAGAAAAUAUACUUGGAAGGAAAUGGAGAAAAAUCAUUUUUGGCAUUUGUUUCUUCCAUGCUAUCAUUCAGGAGAGGAAAAAGUUUGGCCCUCUUGGUUGGAAUAUCUGCUAUGAAUUUAAUGACAGUGAUAGGGAAUGUGCCUUACUUAAUCUAAACCUUUACUGUCAAGAAGGAAAGAUACCAUGGGAUGCCUUGAUCUACAUCACAGGUGAAAUCACUUAUGGAGGCCGAGUUACAGACACUUGGGAUCAAAGAUGCCUUCGCACGGUCUUAAAGAGAUUCUUUUCUCCUCACACAUUAGAAAGGAAUUACAAGUAUUCAGAUUCAGGUAUAUAUUUUGCACCUUUGGCAGACAGCAUACAAGAUUUCAGAGACUACAUUGAAAAUUUGCCUUUGAUUGAUGACCCAGAAAUAUUUGGGAUGCAUGAAAAUGCCAAUUUAGUUUUCCAGUAUAAAGAGACCAACAAUUUCAUCACUACUAUACUUGAUGUCCAGCCAAGGUCUGCCAGUGGUGGGGGUGGAAAAAGCAAUGAUGAAAUCGUCCAAGAACUUGUUACUUCAGUCUUGUCAAAGGUACCAGUAAAACUGGACAUGGAAGGAGCUUCGGAGACCCUCUUUGUCAAGGAUGCACAAGGACGUCUCAACUCCUUAACGACUGUCCUCGGACAAGAAGUGGACAGAUUUAACAGUCUUCUAAAGUUAAUCCGAACUUCCCUACAAACACUGGACAAAGCGAUUGCUGGCUUGGUCGUCAUGUCUGAAGAAAUGGAAAGGGUGUACAAUAGCUUCCUUAACAACCAUGUUCCAGUGCUGUGGUCCAACGCUGCAUACCCUUCACUAAAGCCUUUAUCAUCCUGGGUCAAAGAUCUCGUCCUGAGGACAUCUUUUGUGGAUCUGUGGCUCAAGAGGGGACAGCCCAAAUCAUUCUGGAUCUCUGGUUUCUUUUUUCCUCAAGGAUUUCUAACAGGAACUCUGCAGAACCAUGCUCGAAAAUACAAUUUACCCAUAGAUGAACUUAGUUUUUGCUAUAACGUUAUCCCUGUUUACCGAGACCAAGCACUAGUGAUUGAAGCAUCCAAAUCCAUACAGUUUGGACAGGAGUUACCCAUGGAUGUGGAGCUGCCCUCUCCUGAGGAUGGCGUGCUGGUGCAUGGGAUGUUCAUGGAUGCUUCGCGCUGGGAUGAUGAUAACAUGGUCAUAGAAGAUGCUUUGCCCGGACAGAUGAACCCCAUGCUGCCCGUGGUACAUUUCGAGCCUCAUCAAAACUAUGAGCCCAUCCCCUCGCUGUAUCACUCUCCACUCUACAAAACUGGAGCCCGGGCUGGGACACUCUCCACCACUGGCCAUUCAACCAAUUUUGUGGUAACAAUCCUCUUGCCAUCCCAGAAAUCAAAUGAUUACUGGAUAGCCAAGGGAUCUGCUCUGCUUUGCCAGCUGAAUGAGUAAGGAUGAUGGGGCAGCCGCAAGAUGAUCCAAGAAAAAGUGUGGAAACACAUUUUUCUGCGAGAAGAGCCCCGUGUAUACCAAGGCACAAUGGUGCUGGCCGGUCAUUGACUCCGCCUGGACACGGUGUGUUAUCAGUGACUACUUCACAAUAAAG